UUCACUAUAUAGAGAGCUCGGUGAGCUGAUCAGAGAGAAAGCAUUCUGCCAGCCCAGCGCCUCCAAAUCGCAAUCACUUCCUAACCUCCCCCUUUUUAUCAUAUUUGAUCACUUUGAUUCUCCGUUCUCUUCACUUAUUAUUUCUGCUACACGCAAAGGAAGCUCAGUAGGUUGCGCUCUCUUUUUUUGUUUCCUUAUCGCUGUCGCUAGCCUGCAGAGUUGACUUCAUAUUUACUCGUGCAAACAGGCUUGGGUUUGCGCGCGGCGGCUAGCACUACCUCAUCUGGAAGAAAAAAAAAGGAAGAAACGGCGAUAUUUGGGUCCAGUUGGUUAUUUUGCAACACUUCAAGACUGGAACUUGAUGUGUCGCUUGCCAGUUUCUGUAAUCUAUAAGAGUUCUAUUUUCCGCGAGACUGAACGUCGUUAUAACGUCGAAGUUAUACUGGCCCUGUCUUUUUAGCAGACUCUUGCAUUUCUUUGGUCGUCGUAUAUAUUUUUCUUCUACGGCUUUCCUGAAUGGAUGACUGCAGGCGCCCCUGGACGUGGCCUCUAAGAGCAGGACUGCGAUUCGGCUCGUCUUCGUGUCAGUUCUAACCACAGGCAAGUCCAAAAGCGGGCUACGAUUCGUCGUUGGCGCGCGAGUUUAACGAGUGGGAUAAAAGCACAGGUUGCAUUAUUUCUUCGCACGUUCAAAACACCUUGACGUGCUUUGCUUUAGAACCAGGAGCACCACGACACGCCAACAGCAAAAAACAACAACUACAACAACAACAAAGCAAAAGCAAAAACGGACAACACAAAGUUGCUGACUGAUUAGAUAUGGCAAUGGUAGUGUGGAGAGGCUCCCAGGACGAUGUGGCCGAGACGCAGGGCGCCCUCUCAUCACAAGCCCAAGGCGGACUAACCCUUGCGACCCCUCAGCCGAGCCAACUGAACCUCACGGCCUCGCAGGUUGCGCCUCCGACCCCUCAAACUCCCGUACAAGGCGCGCCGAAUAGCAACGCACAGUCCACGCCAACAAACCAAACGUCGCAGAGUGUGUCAGACAAACAGCAGCAGCAGCACAUCGAGUGCGUGGUGUGCGGCGACAAGUCAAGCGGAAAACACUACGGCCAGUUCACAUGCGAGGGCUGCAAAAGCUUCUUCAAGCGCAGCGUGCGGCGCAACCUCACAUACACGUGCCGCGCCAACCGGAAUUGUCCCAUCGACCAGCACCACCGCAAUCAGUGUCAGUACUGUCGCCUCAAAAAAUGCCUCAAAGUUGGCAUGAGACGGGAAGUUUCUCUUUUUGCAGCGGUACAGAGGGGCAGGAUGCCACCCACGCAACCGCACCAUGGCCAGUUCGCCUUGACUAACGGGGAUCCGCUGCACUGCCAUUCCUACCUAUCGGGAUAUAUCUCUCUGUUGCUGCGUGCAGAGCCCUACCCAACGUCGCGCUAUGGAAGUCAGUGUAUGCAGCCCAACAACAUCAUGGGCAUCGAGAACAUUUGCGAACUGGCGGCCCGCAUGCUGUUCAGCGCUGUGGAGUGGGCCAGGAAUAUUCCCUUCUUCCCCGAUCUUCAGAUCACAGACCAGGUGGCUCUGCUCAGGCUCACCUGGAGCGAGUUGUUCGUCCUCAACGCGGCCCAGUGCUCCAUGCCACUGCAUGUAGCCCCUCUGCUAGCCGCCGCAGGUCUCCACGCCUCCCCCAUGUCCGCGGACAGAGUGGUCGCCUUUAUGGAUCACAUUAGAAUCUUCCAGGAGCAAGUUGAAAAGCUCAAAGCGUUACAUGUGGACUCGGCCGAAUACAGCUGCUUAAAAGCCAUCGUGUUAUUCACCACGGAUGCUUGCGGUCUGUCAGACGUGGCCCACAUCGAAAGCUUGCAGGAGAAGUCGCAGUGUGCAUUGGAGGAAUACGUGCGGAGCCAGUACCCUAACCAGCCUACGCGAUUUGGAAAGUUAUUACUACGCCUGCCUUCUCUACGCACAGUGUCCUCUUCGGUCAUAGAGCAAUUGUUUUUCGUCCGAUUGGUAGGUAAAACCCCAAUUGAAACCCUCAUCCGGGAUAUGUUGCUGUCAGGGAGCAGUUUUAACUGGCCAUAUAUGUCUAUUCAGUAAUCAAAAGGAAGGAUCGAAAAUGGGCGUGCUCUAGUUAGCGCUUCUUUUUGUAGAAGAAACCGGCUGUUACACGAGUUACUUUCACGGAAAAGAGACGUUUUUCAUAAGUGACUGUGAAUUCUCAAAUAAGAGACAUUUAUUGAAAACUACCUGGGGCAGCGGGGUAGAAGUGGUGUGUGUGGAGAAGGGUAUUUUACUUUUUUCUUUUUUAAAACAAAAGAGAGAAAAAAGCACGGAAAGGGUAACGGGGCAAAACACAGAAUGGAUUUUAAAAUAUUCCUUCUGGAGAGAGAAAACUUGAAGUGCAUUUAAAUUGGAUAAAUUUAGAAGAAAUUCAAAAGUCCGUUUUCAUUUUACCAAAUGGCUCUUAUGUCCUGUGUCCAUGUAUCUACCGCUAUUUUGCAUAUUUUUAAACAUCUUCACUGGUUCCAAACCAGCCUAUGUGAUUCUGUAUUCUAAAGCUGUUUUUUUAUUGUUGUUGUUUUUUUAAUACUAAUAAUAAUUUUCUGAUAAUCACUACUUAAAACCUUUGUAAAAAGGUUCUUUAAGAAUUGAAAGUAAAUCAGCAAUAUAAGAAUACUUAUGAACGCUAAAACGCACUUAAAUUUGCUGUUAUGAACUUCAAUCCCGAAAAAUAACACUCUCUUAAAUCCAAACUUUCAGACUUAAUGCACCAGGGUGCCACUAUUCAGUUUAAAACAGAUUAAACUGUUAGUCAAAUUACACUACCAGAGCUCCGGACGCUCUCUCUCUCUCUCUCUCUCUCUCUCUCUCUCUCUCUCUCUCUCUCUCUCUCUCUCUCUCUCUCUCUCUGUCAGUAUAUGUGUGCGUGUGCGUUUCCGUGUGUUUCAGAGAGAAAGAGUGUUCCUUGCGACUGUUUUGAUGUUGCGACCUGCUCAAAUGGUCUUACUUUCAGUUCAGUGUAAUAAUUGUUUUGAACUGUGAACACUUGGUUAUUACUUGGUUUGACUAAUAACGUUUAUUUGUUCAAAGAUUUGUAUUAAAUUAUACGAAGUCCGUACACUUUGCGAUGUUGUCAAAAUGCUUAACUAUUGUUAAAGCCCAUUAAACUGUAUUUUAAAAGAAGCUAAGCAGUAAUAUAAAGAACCGCCCGCAAAAGCCUCCCCAACAGACUUAAAGCAUUAAAAGUGCCUGUAAAGAGCGAAAUCACUGAUUUGUUAUUUAAACGUUAUUGUAUGUGUAGGCUAGCAAACGUGGGGAUUUUUACAAUUCAGUCUUAUGAUUGAAUAUUUCACUUGAAAAAGAGGGAGGGGUGACAAUUAGAGGCAGUAUUCUUGUAAAUAUAUAGGUCAAUUCAUGGACUUUUUCUUAUACAAAAUAUAUGUGAUUAAGAAUUAAAAACUGUGGUUGCCAUUUUUUCUUUAAAUCAACUGUCUUCAAAAAUGAGUGGCAGAGUUAGCUAGUAGCACUGAUUUUCUUUUUUAUUUGUAUUGUACAUACAUAUUAAGACAAAUGUUUUUUUCAUGUAUCUAGACUGUGAAUGCAUGGCCACAGGUCGCUAACCUAUUUUACCUUUGAUAUAUAUAAAUGUAAAUGUUUUUGACUGUAUAGAUAUAAUCUGUGCAUUCAGUACACUAGCCCUUGUAUUUAAGAAGAAAAAAGAAACAAAACGUUCAAUAAUAGGAUACAACUUAACAGGGUGAACUGGUUUGGAAAGGGGUGGCUAUUUUGACUUCAGUGUGCCUGCUCCUUUUCGGUCUGUAACAGAUGCCUUGUAUGUGUGUGUGUGUGUGUGUGUGUGUGUGUGUGUGUGUGUGUGUGUGUGCGUGUGCGUGCGUGCGUGCGUGUAAGUGUGAAAGCUUGCAAUUUCGUCCUUGUCUCGAGGCUUUUCUUCAACACACAAGACACCAUGUUGUGGUUGGAUAAAAAGGGAUCAUAUUGUGUAGUUGACUGAGCAGUUAUCCUGGGUUGUUCCCCUGCCACAUAUGGACCAGAGAAUGCUACAUGAUUGUAAUUAUGAACAGUUUAAACUGACCCACCUUUUUAUAUAAAUAUAUAAGAAUAUAUUACUGCAGGGUAUUAAUAACGAAUAGAUACUUUUUUAUUAUUAUUAUUAUUAUUAUUAUUAUUAUUAUUAUUAUUAUUAUUAUUAUUAUUAUUAUUAAUUCCAAGUGAUAUAUGUGAGUGUGUGUGUGUGGAAGUUUAUAGUUGCAAAAAAUCUUGUUUGUUUG